CUGCGCAGCUGACAGUAAUGAAGCACAAUUGAGUUCAGUCCGAUCCUCUGAGAGAAACAACAGCAAACCUCAGUGAAAUCCAGGGUUUUAGCGCGUGCGUUACAUACAUGCGUGUUGGAGCGCUGACAUUUACCCUGUGGCGCAUGUGCAAAGCGUCAGAAACCUGCUUUAUUUCACUUCUCUGAGUGUGUGUCAGCGUUUCUGUUAUAUUUUUAGACGCCAGCCCAGCGGUAAAGUGCGUCAGUCAUGGCCAUGAUCACCUCCACCCCGAUGGAGAGCCGCGCCACCACCGCGCGUUCCUCCAGGCGGAGCGGCGCGUCUCCGUCCGGCGUCAGCCCGACGCGCCUCACGCGCCUGCAGGAGAAAGAGGACCUGCGGCACCUCAACGACCGCCUGGCCAACUACAUCGAGCGGGUCCGACAGCUGGAGAAUGACAAGUCAUCCAUGCAGCUCCUCCUGGAGGAGAAGGAGGAGAGCUCGGUCAGGGAGGUCGGAAACGUGCGCCGCUUGUACGAGACGGAGCUCGCGGACGCGCGUAAAAGUCUGGACGCCACCGCGAACGAGAGAGCCAGACUCCAGAUCGAGUUAACCCAGCUGAAGGAGGACCACCGCAAACUCACGACCAGGAAUAACAAGAAGGAGUGUGAACUGAACACGGCUGUCGGUCACUGGAGGAAUCUUGAAGCCGCACUGAACUCGAAAGAAGCGGAUUAUGCCAAUUUACUGGCCGCCAACCGCAGACUGGAGAAUGACCUCUCUGACCUCAAGACUCAGGUGGCUAAUCUGGAAACGGCGCUGCAGAACGUCCAGACCCAGCUGAACUCGGAGAUGCUGCGUCGAGUGGACGCCGAAAACCAGCUUCAGACGCUGCAGGAGCAGCUGGACUUCCAGAGGCAUCUCAGCGAACAGGAGGUGCGGGAGAUGCGCAGCCGUCACGAGAGCCGGCUGAUGGAGCUGGACAGCGGCAGACAGAAGGAGUUUGAAGGUAAAUUGGCUGAAGCCAUGAAGCAGCUCCGAGAGGAACAUGAAGCUCAAAUCCAGCAGUACAAAGACGAGCUGGAGAAAACCUUCGCUGCCAAGCUGGAGAACGCCAAGCAGACGGCGGUGAAAAACAGCGACUUCGCUUCUUCGACGAGAGAAGAGCUGGCGGGAACCAAACUGCGUCUGGAGUCUCAGUCGCUGCAAAUCAACAACCUGCACAAACAGAACGCGGCGCUGGAGGCUCGUGUUCAGGAGCUGGAGCAGAUGCUGGACCGCGAGAGACAGCUGAACCAGCACCGGCUCUCGCAGAAGGAGCAGGAAAUGGCAGACAUGAGACAGCAGAUGCAGGAGCAGCUGGAGGAGUAUCAGAACCUGCUGGACGUCAAGCUCAUGCUGGAUAUGGAGAUAAACGCGUACCGGAAGAUGCUGGAGGGGGAGGAGAAAAGACUGAACCUCUCUCCGAGCCCGAUCCAGCAGUCCGCCGUCUCCCGAACUCACGCUCAGCCUGGGCGGAAAAGCUGGGGAAAGAAACGCAAACACGAGGGGACGAGUUCAGGGCUCUCGCCCAGCUUCAAGCUUUCCCAGCAUUCCUCAUCUCGAGGGAACGUGUCCAUCGACGAGAUCGACCUGCAGGGACGGUACAUCAGACUCAAGAAUAACUCCGACAAGGAUCAGGCUCUCGGAGGCUGGGUGUUGAGAAAGAGUGAAACAGGCGCUCCUGACAUCAUCUUCCAGAUCCCCUCGCCAUGUGUGCUGAACGCCGGGCAGAUGCUGACGAUCUGGGCCGCGGGCGCCGGUCUGGAGCAGAUGCCGUCGCAGGGGGAUUUAGUCCUGAGGACCCAUGAGACGUGGGGCCCGUUCGGUGAAGUCCGAGUCUCCCUGCUGAACCCGCAGAACGAGGAGACUGCGGAGUAUUGUCUGGUGUGUGUUCAGGGUAAAGGUGACGAGGAUCCGGAGUACGAUGAAGGCAUCAUGACCCGUGAUAUUCACCUGCGGCGACAGCCUAAAAGAAGAAAAAAGAAAUGUUGUUCCCUCUCCUGAUCUGUCCUGAUGCAGAAGCGUCUGUAGGGUCAGAGACCCAAUCAGGACGGCAGCUGUGCCGUCAUGUGACUCUCAUCGCGUGUGAUGUCACACAUUUAAAGACGCUCCAUCUCUGUUUGCUCUCACUUAUCAUAUUUGAUAAAUGUUAAGGGCCAGAACUGGAUUAUUUCAUUUUUACAUAAAGAAUUAUUUGUUGUUCUUGGUCUUGGUUCUAAUAAAGUUUAAAUAAUUAUUAGGUCAUAAUAAAUUAAAUAAAUGCUUUUUGCAAAGUCA